AGUGGACCUCGUCCAGGAUACAAAUACGGAAAUAAGGAGUGUAGAUGCUAAGGGUGCUUACUGCGUAAAGGUUUUGUGCAUGUUAGUUACACUGGUGAUGGUUAAGCGUUUGCUAAUUCUUAAUAAUAGGUAAAAUAGAGGUUUCUUUCUCGUUCUAUGGAUUUUCUGCAGUUGUUAUCAUGGGCGUGCAUCGUGUUUACCAUCGGCAUGUUCUCCACAGGAGUGACCGAUUUGAAGAAAAUGAGAGCCACUCAGAGUGCCGAUAAUGUCCAGUUUCUGCCUUUCCUCACCACAAGCUUAAAUAAUCUAGGCUGGCUGUACUAUGGGGUGCUGAAAAAAGAUGGCACGGUGGUGCUUGUUAAUUCCAUUGGAGCCUCUCUACAGUGUCUGUAUAUCCUCACCUACUUGCAUUAUGCCAAAGAGAAGAUGAACGUGUUUCUGCAGACAUUGGGCAUGGUGUGUAUGUUGUGUGUAUCAUGGGUGUAUUUCAGCAUGAUUGUUCCUCCGGGAAGCACUCAGCUUUCACAGCUUGGCCUUGCCUGCAGCGUCUUCACCAUCACCAUGUACCUGUCACCGCUCGCUGACCUGCUGGAAAUAAUACGCACUCGUUCAGUAGAGCGCUUGUCCUUCUCCCUCACUGUUGCCACCUUCUUUACAUCGUCCUCCUGGACUCUGUAUGGCCUUCAGCUAGAGGAUUACUACAUUAUGGUUCCCAACACCCCAGGUAUCGUGACGAGUCUCAUCCGUUUCCUCCUCUUCAGGCUGUUCGGAUCUGCUAGUCAAGACAAGCCAUCUUAUAAAUCUUUCCAAAUCUAAAGUCUAAUUAAGGGUGUCCUCACACGAGGAGCAAUUGGCACCGUCCCCCCGCCCAAGUCUGCACUCACGUUGUGCUUUUACGUUGCAGUCCUGAGUGCGCUUACGUCAUCACAAUGCAGCUUUCACUGACUACGCUAUGCAUUCAUCAAUGAAGUGAGAACCAGACCUGUUAACCCAAAUAUUCUCCAUUGAAUUGAAACUUGCACACUUUAGUAAUCACGCUGUGCAUAAGCCCAACUGAACCGUGCCUAAGCACAGUCUGUAGUGAUGAUGCUAGUCAAAUGAACCGGACUUUGGAGGUCAAAUGCAUUUGGGCGCAGUGCGAAUCAUCUAGUGAGUACACCCUAAGUCACCAAGUGCCUUAACCAUGUUCCCUUGGCCAAUUUCAACCAAAUCUCCCAUCAGUCACUGCUUAUAUCACACCCUGUUCUUCAUACUGUCUCCUAUGUUUGAGCUUUUCUUGUCAUUCAUUUUAGUGCGAUUAGUAGAAGCCAAUUCAAGCUUAAUCCAAACUUGCCACUGCUUAAAUAAUCCAGAAAGAAUAUGAAUCAGCUCAGUGGUUAUGGUUAUCUGCUGGUUACUAGAAGUUUGGUUCCACAAAUUCAGCUCCAAGCUUUGUCACACUGCCACUUUUGAGGAAGACCCUUAAUGCUCAAAAGCUUUGGGGUGUCUGUACCCACUGUGACUCCAAUUUACAAAGCACGGAUACGUGGGAAGAAAAUUCUCCCAAGUCUUCGUCGGGCAACUGUCACAUUUAUAAAUGCCACCAGGUUGUGCUCACAAACGGGUAAAUAAUUUCAGUCUUAUCUGCAAAUUGGAUUCUGACAUCCUGAGGCAUCAUGUUCAGCUAUUGUUUAUUCAAGCAUGCCUUUUUUAAUUGCAAUUUUAUUUCUAUUUUCUAAUCCUGUGAUUUCAUAAUUUCUGUAAAUACCUUAAUGUGAUUGGUUAAUAAUAGUUUGGGUGGCAGACCUACACAAAGCUUUGCUGUAUGUAUCCGUAUGGAUGUACUAUAAAAGCUGACCCAGGGCCAGACAGGCAAUUUUUUUAAAAUUGAUGCUUGGCAGCUUUUUGUUUAAAGCUCCUCUCUGACACACCUCUGGUCCUUAAGGUUAUCUGGUGUGUUUUGGUUUGGAGCAAACAAGCACAUGCCCUGAUCUCGGGGUGUGACUUUGUUUACAGAAUAUCGGCCUGAAUGUGCCAAGUGUGUGCGCACGCGCACCAUGCACUAACCUAAAGAAGCCCUUGAGGUCCUUGGUUUAGGUUAGGUCAUGUUUUUAUGUACACACACAGUAAUAAUCCAGGCCCUAGACAACAUCAUAUGUAUCAUUUUUAAAGUUGUCCCAUUAGUCCACCAUGAGAUUAAAAGCUCCUAAUAGAAAAGUGUGUUGUAAAGAACUUUGCUUCAGAGUUUCUGUAACUUGAGGGCUCAGUAUGAACUUUUUUUUUUUUUUUUUAGUCCACUUGUGUAGUCAGAUGAAGAUGCAGGAAGAUUUUUCACUUGUCCUGACCAUAAGCUUUUUAUUACUAUGUAUUUUAUUAGUUCAGUGAAAGGAAAGUGGUUAACAAAGUUUAUCAAAAAAAUCAGGUAUAGUUAUGAUAAUCGUUAUGCUAUAAUUGUUUUUUUUUUUCAAUAAAACUGUAACAAUAAACAGACUAUUCAGUGCCCCGUUACAGGGCAUGUUAUCACCCAUUACCUAAUCUGCAAUUUUAAGUCCGACUCGCCCAAAUUCAAAGCUUCUGAAUGAAAUAAAGUUAAAUCUUGAUUUAUCCAGUAAAAUGGGAAGUAUAAAUUUAAUGAAAUGAAACCGAAAGAAAAUGAGUUGAGCAUGAUAAGGGUGACCGAAUGAUGCUGUGAAAUAAAACCAACCCUAAGUGAGUUUGGCACUGUCGUAAAAUUCCCACAAAAUAUAUUAUGACAUUUGUGAUGGUUAAUGUGUACUAUACAAAAGAAAUACAAUGAAUGUCUGAAUGAAGUGAUUCACCAUAGAUAUUUAUUUUAGUGAGGUAUUUGAUCACUGUUUCUCUGAUGUUGAUGAAUUCAAAGUCUAAUAAUCCUAUAUUACGAUAUGGUUAUUUUUACACUCGCACCUGCUGUACUCUGCUUCUCUGGAAUGUCAUAAACAAUAACAUGGCUGGAUCAAGGUGAUUUGAACUAGUUUUGUUAGAACUUUAUUGAUGUAACUCUUGAAUAAUUAUUAUAAAUUAUCUUUUUUUUUUUUUUCCCCCCCAAUGUUCAACUUGUCCCAUCUGGACCAAAAAUUUGGUUGUCCAGGACAGUCUGACUACUGUUAAUGUCAAAUCCUGUACUUUUGUGUCCUAAAACUUCCUUUGGCCAUUAGACAUUUCCUUAAAGGUGACCUUUUAAUCACGGAGUAGGCUACAAUAUACUUACUGGAUCCCAUACUAGAUUGUAUAAAGUUGCAGGCCCUGACAGCACCUUAUUAAAGUAUCUUAGUAAUUCUGCUCACUUCUGUCUUCAAACCAGCAAAGCGGAUUUAAUGUUUUAUGACUGACAUUUAUGAAGCUACUAGCUCGGGACUGGUGACAAUAGGAAAUGCGCUGCUCUUUCAGUGUCACCAGUCAAAAAAAUUCCCAAAGACUUCCAGAUCAAGAAUGAGCAGUCUGUACACAUCUACAAGUCCAGACUCCUUUCACCUUGCAUUAGAUUUCACCAAAAUCCGAGGAGUGAAACACAAACGAUCCAUGAGAAGGUGAGGGCGCAGAUGGAGUUUUUGGCGUAUUGCUCCAGUACAUCUGCUCAAGUCGAGAAGGUUUGAGUUGGAGACUAAUGGGUACAUAUUUACGCGUAUGUGUUCACAUACUGUUUACAAAGCCAGUUAAAGGAACAGCUAUUGGUACCAGUGUCUUAUUUCUCAUAAGGUGCUUUAGUGUCAGCUCUGUAGGAGUAUUGGAGAUAAAAUAACUUUAUCUGGGCUUUAUUGUGUUUUAAAAAAAGUUUUCUACGCUCUGCUGGAGUUUUUCCAGCCAGGGAAUUGUGAUGAUUGUGCUGUUAUCCGUUUCAAAUAUAUUUCAUGUGUACGGAAGGUGUUCCACUUUACAAUGAUGCAGGAGUGGUUUGUUUUACUGUAUGUAAUGUUCUUAUAUGCUACAUUUAAUCACUGUGGACUGAA